GUCACAACAAAACUGAGUGGAUUGAAAGAAGCCAAAAUAUCUCAUUGGGAUAAAGUUUUGUGUAACUAGCCGUUAUUAAACCAUGCGUGGAUGUGUAAAAUAAACGAUUACGAGGAUCAUGUAACGGAGUCUUGGCGAAUAAACGUUAAUAUGAACGUUAUAAAUUAAAGAGGAGUCUUUAAUAUGAAUGAGGAAGUUAUAACAAUUAGCAGUUCCAACUCCCCCGUGCUGAGCUUAAAUGGUCAGCAUGACAAGGACAGGGAUUCUCCCUUACGCACAUUAUCCAGUUCUAGUGGUUACACCAGAAUGGCUGUAAGAUGGGAGAAUGGUAAAACAUACACGAGAAGGAGGAAAUCUUCAGUAAAUGAAACUCCAUCUGGAGAACAAAAAGUGGACAGGUGGAUGAGGGAAAUAGAUAAAACAGCCUCUAAUAAUGCUUUUCCUUUGUUGGAGGAUAUGAACAAUGUAGUUUAUGGAGCAUUUACUAAAAGUCCUUCAUAUGCUAGUUCUAGUUCAUUUGAUUCAUCAGUGAAUUUCACAAACGUAAAAUUAGAAAGUAGGUCUCAAAGCAUUGAACAGACACCUCAAACCAACAAAAGAUCUUUGAGAUCAAAAAGUACUGACGUUAAUGUUAGGAGGAACACCCCAAAAAAUACAAAACGUUUACUGCUAACACCAAUUAAGUGUGAAGUAGUGGAAAAAAAAGGUGAGCCUUUAAAUAGUAAAUAUAGUGAUGUUAAGUCUGAAGCAGGUUCAGAUUUAUAUGAUGUGCCACAAAGUCCAGAGAGUCGAAAGAAGGAACUUUACCAAUAUCUGAAACUCAUGAAUCCAGCUGACAAAAAGGAGAUUCUGUCUAUACAAAAUCGGCGGUCUACAAGAGUGAAAAACUUGAAUAUAUUACAAGAAAGGAAAGAGCUUGAGAAAAAAUUGAAAGGUAAAUAUUUAAAUGGGAUUUCUAAUGGGUUAUCGGAAGUUCCAUUGCAAGAUUUAAAUUUUGCACUUGAAACACCAACUAACAAUAACCAAGACGAUGAUAGCCAGUCAUUUACUUUUCCUGCUCCAGUAUUAUCAAUAAUAAAGGAAGAACCAUUUGAAAGGUCAAUUAGUAAAUUCUUGUAUAAUAUAAAAAGGAGUUAUGGUGAUGCUUUAAAACCUCUGAGAAAACGUUUAUUCGACAUUAUGAAAAUGAGGGAGAAGCAUAUGCUCAGAAUGGAAAUACACAAAGAAAAAGAAAAGAAAGACAGAGUAAAAAGUCUGCGUAUACAUAAACUGAAACUGACGAAGAUCGCUAAUAAGAAAAUUAUAAAUCAACAUAUAGAAAACUCCAAAAAAAUCAAGAAGAGGCCUAAAGGCAAUUCUGGCAACAAAGUUAAGUCAUUAAGAAGUGCUGGAAAAUUGAAAAAUGUGGCAAUGAAAAAGUUAAUGUUGCGCAACACUAAAGAAUUGAUAAAAAAGAAAAAGAUCAAAAGCAUGGAGGAUCUAAAAGAAAACGAGAUACAAUCUACAACUGUACCUAAACUUCCGUCGCCAAGAGUCGAUAUUCCCAAAAAGACGGAAUCGACAUGCGAGAUACUGUCAAUAAAAGCGUGUUCAGAAGAAGAAAAUGUGGAUUUAGAAAAUUAUAUAGAUGAUAUGAUCGAAUUCAAACAUUUAACUGAAGAACAUAGGAGGUGUCUGAUUGAGAGCAGGAUACUCUCAACUAAACCUACUAUUAAGAAUUCUAUUCUUAAUAGUCCCACCAUAUCGCAAAGCACAUUGACUGAUUUGAAUCCAUUUAUCAGUUUUAGUCCAAAGGAAAACAAGACUGUUAAUAGUUCAAACAAAUCAUUGAACAAUACAAUUCCGAAAUUAUCUCCCAAAGAACCAGUGGGGAUAACUGAAUCUAAGACUGAACAAUUUGAUUGCCAAGUAACACCUAAGGCAGACACAAAACUCGAGCAGAAAGAAGAAAAGGAAGUGCAAGUUAAAACUGAUAAAAGCGAUGUAAAUAAGACGCCAGAGAUGAAGCAGGAAAACCAAACCAAAGUCAAGAAAGAAGAGUUAACUGAAUCUGAUGAGAUCAAAAAUGAUUUUGUCGACAUCAUCGAGAACGGGAUACACGAGGGAGUUGAAGAAGAAAACGAUCAGAAGCACGACGAUCAUGAUUACGCAAAUAUUGGCAGUUCGAGCGAUUCGGAUGAGGAAGACGAAGACCAGGUGAUAAUAGCACGGACGGUUCCACGCAUGACGCAGGACUUGGUGACGCCGCAACGCAUCACCAACGUAACGUACGAACCAUUCACCCGUCACAGUGAUCCGACGUCGUUACACCGCAGUCUGGCGCAGCCCCCCGAACGCAAGACGACGUCGAACGGUUUCGAUCUGGAGAACUCCAGCCCUCACGGUUGGGACACGUUCCAUGGACAACAGGAGAAGAGCGGCAAAAAGAAGAACACUUCUCAUUCGAUUUAUAUCACCGACGAAAACGGAGCUGUUUUGAAUGCGUUUUAUAUUGAUGGACAUUUGAUCGUCAUACAGGAGUAUGUUGUCUCCAUUUGGACUCAAAGUGCUUUAGGCCAUGUGUUAGCUGCACAAAAUAUGUGGAUACCGAAUGGUCACGUGUCGCGGAUCGUGCUGGACAAGAAAUGCAUACAGAAGAAGUCAAUGGAGAUGGUGUUUAGUAUGGAAAACACGGUCGCGUACAUCGAACUGUGGACGAAAGAGCACAAAUCGGAAAUACGCCAGGGACCGGUAGCGGACGUAUUUGCAACCGUUUACUUUUGGAAGCACAGGCAAAACGGAAUCGAAAAGAAGGUGCUUCAAAUAGAGAACAUUAACGGAUUUGCGGAGGAUGUACAAUACGUUGUUCUGAAAAACGUACCAAUCAUAAUUGUGAGUUGGCACUCUGUGUCGAACGACAAAGUGACCAACAUCCACAAAUAUCGUUUAGCGCCCGAUUUCGCUACUACAACCAACAUAGAGAUGGAACCAGUUAAUCACUAUGUCUCCUCUUUGCACAACAUCGAAGAUUGUGAUAACAUGGUGAUGGGCUGUGGCGAAAACAAAAUCACACUUUGGAAUAUCGACUACGGUUACAUCGUGUCGACGAUCGAGCUGAACGACAUAAGAUCUCCACUUGCCACUCUGUGGGUUAAAUGUGAAAAAGGAUUUCUAUUCACAAUCCAACAGUGUGUUGACAGAGAACUGAGACUGAUUGUUAUUAAUGGUCUGAAUCAUUCGUGGAAGAAGUUACAGAGCUACGUACCGCCUGAUGGUUAUGACAGGCUAAAGGGCGUGUGCAUCGAUAACGGCAACCUGCUGUCGUUUUACGACAGUGGCAUUUUAUGUUGGAACGCCCUGUCCGGAGAGCCAGUUGUUGAAGUUUCGAUUGACAAUCCAACGGGAAAUAUACCUUCAGAUAAACACCUUAUCCAAAUAAUUGAUGAACAAGUUUUUGUCAGACAUGGACUGAGUUACCUGCUUGAUUUUUAAGAUUGUUGACGUUUUAUUGUAUACUAAGCCAAAAGAGAAUCGGGUUCCAAAGUGCAGGUUUUUAUACGAGUGUUAAAAUUCUGUUGACUGGAAAUGAUCCAAAAUUAAUACUGUUGAUUUCAAUAAUCUUUUCCGAUAUUUUUUUUGUAUAUAGAUGUAAGUAGUGCAAUACCCCAUUUCUAAAGUGUAAUGGAUAUGUAACAUGAACCUGUUAUGGCAAAUGUUGUUAAUCAAGCUAUUUUCUUUAGCAAACCAGAUUUCUUACUCUUAUUUGAUUUACCAGUCAUCAUAUUUUAAACUAAACCCCAGAUUUUAUAUGUAAAUUACAAUUGGGUAAAACUAACGUUACAGCGCGUGUUUUAAAAUCGCUUUUGAGACACUAAUAAAAUUAGUGUCGCAAAGGUUCUAAGUUAAGAAUCUCCUAAAAUUAUUAUUAAGCACUUUUAAUGUAUUAAAAUCGAAAGGAGCCAACGACGAUUUUGUAGUCUCACUUGUAAUUAAUGUAACAAAUUCGAAAAUUCAAUUUUUACAGCAUGACCGCAAUUUACAAACAUGAAAUUUGACCAUUUUACUUUAUGGUGUGGUGAAUCAUUUGAUAGGAAAUUGUCGUGAAUUUUUAGUACAAAAUGUAAAGUAGUAAUUUUUUAUUAUAAUAAUAACUUCGGAAAAGCAGUUUGUUAUUAAAAGUUGGUUAAAUGUGCUGUGAUUGUCACUGUCAGAAUAUUGUACAUAUUUUAGUAAUUUGUCUACUAAAAGAAAUAUUGUUUAUAUCUUAAGAUUGUAUAAAAUUCAUGUAUAUACAUAAUAUACAUAUUUAUUUAGUAAUUUUUGAAAAAUUAAAUUAUUGUAAACAAAGAAAACUUUUGGUGAAAUCACAAAUGAGGGUACAGUAACGUUUGUGUAGUGUAUAUUUAAUAUAUUUUAUAUUCAAUAAAACAAA